UUGACAAAUCUCUCUCUCUCCCCCUUCCCCUUCCCCCGUUCUUCAGUUCUAACGGGAACGUGUGAAAGAUAGUCGGUCGGGUGGGGGCAGAGAGCGACGGAAACCAGGACCAUUGAGCCACAAAGGUUAACGACUCAGUAACGCUGUGCUGGAAUUCCCCACCAUUGUGGAAGUGCAGAGAGGACGACAAGGCAGCCGGUUUCAAAGGCGGGGAUUUCCACUUCACCGCUCCCCGCCCGCUCCUAUGGAGCCGACCGACCCAUUCCGGGAAGCGUGAGACGAGCACAGAGGAUCCCUGCUCAAAAUACCCAACCCAGCAGCAGAGCGAAAAUGAAAGUGCACCGGCGGCGGCGGGGACUUUUCCUUCCUCCUGGGCGCCUCCCGUCGGGACGCAGCGGCUCCUUCCAGGGACUGGUUGUUUUCCUGCCUUUUAAGGAAGAGUCCGCCAGCUCCGCUGCGCUGGUUUCCCACCCGAACGUGCCUGCGUGAGCGCCGGAUCGUCGCCCCACCAGGAUCAGGUUCCUCACUGUCUGCGGUCUCUUUCUUGGUCUGUCUCACCCAGAACUCAGCCAAGCAUGGAUGCGCCGAUGUGCCUGAUUGAAAACAAGCCUGGUGACAAGCUGCAUGUCAACAAAAGAGCCCUGAGGAUCCUGCAAAGCAUCCAGCAGCCAGUGGUGGUGGUGGCUAUUGUGGGGCUGUACCGUACCGGCAAGUCUUACCUCAUGAACAAGCUGGCAGGGAAGGACAAAGGAGGUUUCUCUCUGGGUGCUACAGUGCAAGCAACCACCAAGGGCAUAUGGAUGUGGUGUCGUCCACAUCCUCAAAAGCCUGACCACACCCUGGUGCUGUUGGACACAGAAGGGCUGGGUGAUGUCGAGAAGAGCAACACAAAGAACGACACGUGGAUAUUCGCCCUCUCCCUCCUGCUAAGCAGCACCUUUGUCUACAACAGCAUGCACACCAUUGACCAUUAUGCUUUGGGGAAUCUGCACUAUGUGUCUGAAUUGACUGAGCUUAUCAAGGUGAAGGCUUCAGCCAGGCAGACAGAUGAGAUUCCUGAUGACUUUGUCUGGUUCUUCCCAAACUUCAUCUGGAUUGUGCGUGAUUUCACACUGCAACUGGCAUUGAAGGAUGGACACCAUAUCUCCGAGGACGAAUAUCUGGAGAACGCCUUGAAGAUGAGGAAAGAUGCCUCUGAACAGCAAGAUCUUCCAAAGAAAUUCCUACGGCGGUAUUUUCCCAGCCGCAAGUGCUUUGUGUUUGAGUGCCCAGCCUCGCGGCGAGACUUAGAACACUUGGAGGACUUGCCUGAAUCGAAGCUGAACCCUGAGUUCAUAAACCAGGCGUGCUGUUUCUCCCAAUACAUUUAUGAGAAUGCCCAGGCCAAAGUGAUCCAGGGAGGGCAUGUGGUGACUGGGACAACACUGGGGAGCCUGGCGGAGACUUAUGUGGAUGCCAUCCGCAGUGGGGGCGUGCCUUGCAUUGAGAAUGCAGUGGUGGCGUUGGCUCAGAUCGAGAACCAGGCUGCCGUGAAUGAUGCUCUUAAGCGCUACGAGGACAUGGUGGAUCUUCUUUCGACGCUGCCUGCGGAGGAUAUCGCAGAGGUGCUGCAAGUGCACGCUCGUUGUGAGGAAGAGGCCAUUCAAGUGUUCCUGGCCCGCGCCUUCAAGGAUGAGGAUCAAGAGUAUCAGAGAGAACUGGGGAGCCAGCUGCAAGUUAAGCUUCUAGAGUUGUGCUCUCGUAAUGAGCAGGCAUCAUCGGAUCGCUGCCUGGCUGUGCUCAUGGAGCUGUUCCAGGAUGUGGAGGAGAAGAUCAGCAAUGGGGAAUACGCAGUGCCUGGGGGCUAUCAGCGGUUCCUCAAUGACCAGCAGCAAAUAGUGGAGAAUUAUCACCUGGUGUCUGAGAAAGGAGUAAUGGCUUCCAAUGCCCUGCAAGACUUCCUGAAAUCCAAGGAGACAGCAGCCCACUCCAUUCUACAGGCCGACCUGACCCUCACAGACAAACAGAAGGAGGUUGAAGUGGAGAAAGCCCUGGCUGAGGCCUCUGCAAGGGAAGCUGAGCUGCAAAAGAAAAUGCAAGAGGAGACUCAGCAGAUGGUCCAGGAAAAUGAGCGGCGCUACGAGGAGCACAUGCGCCAGUUAUUGGCCAAGAUGGAUGAAGACAGAAGGAACCUCCUGGCUAAGCAGGAGCAAGUGCUGAACCAAAAGCUCCAGGAGCAGAGAAGCUUUCAGAAAGAAGGGUUCCAUCAGGAAGUCUCAAGGCUUCAGGCUGAAAUCCAGCACUUGCGGUCUCAGAUGAAUCAACGGAGAAGUGGAGGUUCUGGAUGUGUGAUCUGUUGAGGAUGUUAUCUCUCAAGGACCCUGUUGGGCUGGAUGAACAAAUGAGAAAUCCUGGCCUGGUCUCAGGGCUGUGGAUAGAGCACAGAUGGGAUGGAGAAAUGAAGGGAGAUCUACUUUGUAACAAGACCAGUUUUAAUAGGUGCUUGUGAUGUGUCUGUAUUUGUGUACACAAUAGAAAUCACUGCAUCUUAAGAUGGAAUGUGCAACCCCCUCCCCCCCAAAAAAAAUCUGGGAUAGGCCGCAGAAUGGAGACGUGUGUAAAGGUAAAGAAUGUUGGAUCCAGACUUACAGUGCAGUCCUAACCAAGUCUACUGGAAAGUAAGUCCAGUUGUAGUUACUGGGGGACUUAAUCCCCAGGCAAGGAAGAACAAAUCUGUCAAUUUCAGUUCUCCAACUUUCUCAUUUUUCCAAUCUUAAAUUCAGUUCGCACAUUUCCACUACAAUCUGCAAUUAAAAAAAAAGUCCUCAAGAAAAUUCAUCAACAUUUUAGUGCAAGUUUCUCCUAACAAUAUAUCCAUUUUUGCAAGCAAUUUUCUGUGAUAUAAUGCAUUUGUAUGCUGUUUUCACAAAUAUAUGCAUUUUUAUGCAUACUUUACCCCAGUAUACAGUUUUGCAAACGUUUUUGUACACAACACUUGGCUGGAGAACUGCAUUGCAAAAUUUGGAGAACUGCACGUUUCGAAGGAUGUCUGUUUCAGUUCAUGUACAGGCGGGCCCCGCUUAUACGGCGGGUUCCGUUCCGGACCCCUGCCGUAAAGCAGAAAUCGCCGUAAAGCGGAACCCCAUUCACUAUAAUGGGCUGCGGCGCGCGAAAAUGACGCGAAAACGGCACAAAACGUUGCAAAAGAGCAAAAAAUACCUUUAAAAUUGUAAAUGAAAGCCGCCGCAUCAGCGGAACGCCUUCAAGCAGAACGCCGUAAAGCGGGGCCCUACUGUACUGUUUUGAAAAGUGAGAAGGUUCGCCUUUAAAUGCAAAGUGAAUCAAAUUUCUCAGCCAGCCUUACUCCCAGAUAAGUGGGGCUAGGAUUGCAGCCUUAGUUAUGUUUAGAGUAGACACACUGAAAUCAACAGGACUUAGUUUGAUUAACUUGAUUUCAAUGCAUUUAUUCUUAAGACUGCAAAUUUAACCCCACUGAAUUUAAUAGGACUUACUUUUGAGUAGACAUGGCUAGGGCUGCUGCCUAAGUUUGGAUCCAGCCCCAAGUUUUAAGCUUGAAAUGAUUUGAAGGCAAGUUCACUGUGUGGAAAGUUUGUUUGGUUUAGAUGUGGGGGAACUAACCUAGACUCCCGCUAGGAGGAAGGGCGGGAUAUAAAUCAAAUAAUAAAUAAAAAAAAUAAAAAAUCAAUAAGCUUCAAAUCUCUGCUAUUCCCUGAACCUCAGAGAGAUGAGUUUUAGGGAAUGGGUAGUAGAGGCAAUUGCCCGCAUCCCACUCCCAUAGUUUAGAAUGUGUGUACUUUUAUCUCAGGUGCUGGGAGUCAUUAAGAGACCCCUCACAGAGCUAUAGUUUCCAGCACCUUAACAAACUAUGGUUCCCAGGAUUCUCUGUAGGAAGCCAUUGACUAUUAAAGUGUUAUAAGAAUGCUUUAAAAGUAUGGUGUGGAUGUCACGGUCCUUGUAUUGACUGACUGUUCUGAACAAUUACCUGUAUCAGUGUUAACUAAAUCAGUAUGUAAUGGGUGUUUACAGUGGGCCUAUGAGUGUGUGCUUAAUAAAAACUACUGCAUUUUGAGAUUGAUUGUAUUUAUAUAAAACAAAAUAAUAAUGGUAGACCAGGGAAGAGGGGCUAAAGCAGGUGUGGAGAACUUUUGGCCCUCCAGAUGUUGAGGAACUACCACUCCCAUCAGCCCCAGCAAGCAUGACCAAUGGCCAAGGAUGAUGGGAGCUCUAGUUCAGCAACAUCUGGAGAGCCAGAGGUUCCCCAUAGCUGGGCUCAAGCCUCUUUGACUUGAAAUAAUUUUAAAUCAGCAGGUUGCAUCACUUAGCUUAUUAGGUUUGGAUAGGGAGAGGAGCCUAGCUUUGAAUCCUUGCUUGGUCAGGUGGCUCAUUAGUUUCCCCUAUCUAUCAGUGUGGUGUAGUGGUUAAGGUGUUGGACUACAACCUGGGAGACCAAGGUUCGAAUCCCUACACAGUCAUGGAGCUCACUGGGUGACCCUGGGCCAGUCACUGCCUCUCAGCCUCAGAGGAAGGCAAUGGCAAACCACCUCUGAAUACCACUUACCACGAAAACCCUAUUCGUAGGGUCGCCAUAAGUCAGAAUUGACUUGAAGGCAAUCCAUUUCAUUUUUACUUAUCAAACUGCUCUACACAGUUGUAUGUCUCCCCCUGGCAGAGCCAACCCAAGGCAUUUGGUAUUUGAGAUGAGGCGGGAAACUCAAAUGGCCAUCUCCCUCAUUCCCACUGGUAACACACCACUGGGAAAUUCUCCUGCACAACUCCGCCCCCCUCUAAAAUUAACUGUACUCUUGUGUAACUCCAUUUCAGUGUGGCUUGCGUGGGAGAAUUUCUUGAUGGUCAGAUCCAUCUCAUGGGAAUAACAUAGGAAAGCUGCCUUAUACCAACUCCCAGACCGUUGGCCUAUUACCUCUACUGAAAGGCAGCAGCUGCAUAGGGUUUCGCACAUGGGAUGUUUCUAGCCUUACCUGGAGAUUCCGGGGAUUAAACCUGGGACCUCUACCAUUGAGCUAUGCCUACGGCCUUUCUCCCAUGCUACCCCCUUAACAACAAUCACAGUCAACUUGCCUUGUGAUGGAGUUGCCUCUGCCCAAUCCACAUGGAAGAAGCUGCUACAGUGGAGGAAUCCCUAACAUUUGACCCCUGGUGCUGUACAUAAAAGACUGCCCCCCCCAUCCAAAGAUGGGUAAGUGUAGCUGCUGCUGGGAUCUCAGAAUCUCUCUCCAACCCACCCACCCCCAUUCCAGGUAACCCUUUGCCCCCAAUGGGUGAUCAGCAUUAUCAACUAGGGAAAGAGGAAAGCAGGUCCUGUAAGCUCAGCUCAGCUGUACUUGCCAGUUUCUGCUUUGGGGCCGCUGUCUGUCUUUGAACUGAACUCCCACCUUGGCCAGAAUGGGGGUCCUCUGCAUGUUUACUCAGAAAGUAAGCCUUGUGGAGAUUCUUUGGGACGUGCUCCCAGGAGAGUGUGCAGAGAGGACUGCAGCCUGAGACUUGUUAUGAGAAUGACUGGAAUGAGAAUUAUAAGGAUAUAUGCAAUGACUGUGCGUGU